AAUUUUUCUUUCUUACUUUUCUUUACUUCCAAAAUCCAUCAUGUCCAAGCGUGCUCUUGCUAAGAAGCCUGUUGAAGCUGUUACCCUCGGUCCUCAAGUUCGUGAAGGAGAACUUGUAUUUGGUGUUGCUCACAUCUUUGCUUCAUUCAACGAUACUUUUGUCCAUGUUACUGAUCUUUCUGGUCGUGAAACCAUCUCCCGUGUUACUGGUGGUAUGAAGGUCAAGGCUGAUCGUGAUGAAUCUUCUCCUUAUGCUGCUAUGUUGGCUGCUCAAGAUGUUGCUGCCAAAUGCAAGGAAUUGGGUAUCAAUGCUCUUCAUGUCAAGAUCCGUGCUACUGGUGGUACUGGUGUCAAGACCCCUGGUCCUGGUGGUCAAAGUGCUCUUCGUGCUCUUGCUCGUGCUGGUAUGCGUAUUGGCCGUAUUGAAGAUACUACUCCUAUCCCUACUGAUAGCACCAGAAGAAAGGGUGGUCGUCGUGGUCGUCGUCUCUAGUCAUCCUAUCACUCUUUGGAUCUAUUCUAUUUUAUCCUAU